AAUAACUGUUACUGGUGAGCUGUCAUUGACAUCGAACGAUCAAGCUAUUUUUUUAAAUCUGAAACUAACCAGUAGCAGGUGUCUUCAAAACCACGCUCAAAGAGUCAGCCAUCCAGCCUUGGUCAUUUUUCUAUUCGAUUUGCGGCAAAACCGAAACGUCUGAGCAAUUAGGCUACUGGUUGAUUUGCAUCUUGUAACAACACUAUUUCAUUGCACACAAUGCAGGACACAGCAUCACCAAGAAUCAGAUUCAUUCCGCGUUUCACGGAUUUCCAGGAAGACCUAUAACCAAAGAGGCCAGCCAUGGAGGACAGGAGACUUCCCCCUACAGUGCCCUUAGUGGUCAAAACUGAGCCAGACACAGAGACCCGUAGGGUGAGAGAGGAGGAACAGCCUACCAUUCCCAUCAGGGUUAAAAAAGAGGACCUCUCUGAAGUGCCCCUCAAAUUGCCCAGAUUCAAGUACGUGGACUUCCCUUCGCUACACCAGUGCAUCCAGCAGCUCACAGUGCCACCCCUGGACAGCUGGCUGGAGGGCUUUCCCCUGGCUCUGGGAAGACCCUCUGGAGGACACACCCCUGUCACUUCCAAGGAGAAGGUUCCCAAGUUUCGGUAUGUAGAUUAUCCCUCUCUGCACCACUGCAUCCAGCAGCUGUCUGUGCCGCCUCUGGAGAGCUGGAGCUCGGGGUUGGCCAGGUCAGGGUGUGGGGUGACAGGGGGACCUGGAUCCACCAACUCUCAGCCCAGCUCUGUGAGGGGGAACCGGACAAUACAGGGAGAUGGUUCAGCAUCGGCUUACAAGCAGGACGAGUAUACUGCUUUCCCCUUUCCUGGUCCUGACUCCGGCUCCAUCCAGUGUGUGACCUCCUCAAACAAGGCAUCCCAUAAGCCUCAGCGGCUUCAGCUGCUCUUGAGCAGUCCACCCGGAUCCAGGCCUGCAUUAAGCUCACAGGGGGAAGAGGUUCGCCAUAACGUGGUGUGUUCAGAUCAGCUGUCUCAAAAGUUCUCUAAUCCCAAAUCUUGGGUUGCUGGAAUGAAGCGUGUCAGAGGAGCGGGACCACUCCAUCAGAGCAAUAGGAAGUCAGCUGGUGAUGAUGAAUGGCAUGCAGACUUAAAAAAAAUUACACAAAGUCAUCAAGAGGCCCAAGUAAAGCUAAGUGACUCUCCUGACCUAGGACAAGGGUUUUGGAGAACCAUCCCAGAGUCUGUCUGCCCCUUUUGCCAAAAGAUGUUUUCAGAUCCAGAGGAAUUGCAGAUCCACCAGAAGAGUCACAGAGAAAAGAAGCCUCAUUGAUGUCUUGACCAAGGAAAUGUACAGCUGACAACAAUGAACAUCUUAAAAACUGUGCAUCUACUUCAGUACUUGCUACACAGGCGUGGACUAGGGCAGGCUUCUCCACAAAUGAUUGGUCACCUGAUAAGAGUUCCACUGAGGUUGUUUUGAGUGUUCAGUGUUUAUCUUGAUGACCUAAGUGACUGACUACAAACAAACCACUUUAGCGAAGGGCUUCAUUCAUAAUUCAGUCUAGGAAUUAAGCUCUCAAUGUGAAAGACAGACCUGCAGUGGCUCUUGGUGGUCUUACAACUCCUUAUUUACCAAUGGGUUAAUUUGCCAGGAAGUUGUACACAUUAGAUGAGAUAUAACAAGGAAAUUAGCCAUUUGAUGUUGUUUAAAUUAAAAUGUCAGGAAUUAGAUUGAAAUGCAUUGUAGUGCAUACAUUUUUGUAUUACUGUAGUUGAGAAUGAGGCUUUCAUUUAUAUUCCUUAAAAGGGAUGCCAAUGUUUUCCUGUUUCCAAGCUGUUUUUGGCAGAAACAUGAAUAAGUGGGGGUAUCAGCACCUUGUUCACUGGAGAUGACUGCCUGUUCUAAUAUUUCAACAUAAUUAUCUAGAUUUGGGUGCCUAUAAAACCUUUAACAUUUGGCUUAUGCUGUGAAACAACACUUGCUUCUUUAUAAUUUCUUAUCUAAUGUUUUUAUGCUUUGUAUUUUAAUGUUUCUUUUUUACAAUGACAAUUAUAUAUAUAUUAUUGAUUGUAUUGUCUAGAAAUAACUUUAAACUUUGUUUUCAAUUCUGUGUGCAUUAAAGAUUUUCUAGUAAAGAUUACUCUACUUUACAUCUCCAACAAAUGCUUUACACUUACAAGUGUCACAUUCUUUUCAGUACAUACUAUACACUACAGCGUCAUCUAGAAAUUCCCAA